UUUGUUUAUAGGCUCGUGCGCGCACGAGGACUGGAGGGCAGCGCGAGACCUCAUCGUACGUGAAGUUAGUCAGUGGUCCGGCACCGGCAGCGCCUCAGAGAGUACAAGUGGAAUAAGUCAUUAAUUCAGGAGCGAAAGAAGAGGAGAAGUACAGUUCGAACCACAAAGGUAAUGUGACAGAGAACACUUCCUGCAUCUGAAGCAGUGGAAACUGGAGAUGAAGACUGUGGGACCAUGGAGGACAGGGCCAAUGCUGGCUGUGCUGCUUCAGUUUCUGUUGCCCGCUCUCAGAGCCAGCAGUACCUGGAGCCAGAAUGAACCACGACUGCAGCUCUCCUAUACAGAAAUGCGUUCAAGGAACAGUUCGGCAGUGUUCUGGCAGGGUGGGUCAAGUGGUGGCUACCAGACCCUGCUGCUAGACGAGGACCGGGGCUGGUUAUUGCUGGGAGGACGAGACCAUGUGUACAUGCUCCAGUCUGAGAGUCUUAACCAGCCUAUGCGUAAGAUUCACUGGCCAGCUGGAAGGGAACAUACUGAACGUUGCAGGCAUGCAGGAAAGAAUCUGUCGACGGACUGUGCCAAUUUUGUGAAGCUCCUGCAACCAUUCAACAAAACUCAUGUGUAUGUGUGUGGAACCGGGGCGUACCACCCUCAGUGUACAUACAUUGACCUGGGCCACAGCAUCGAGGAACCUGCAUUUACACUGCUUAGCCAUGCUGUCGAGUCCGGGAGAGGGAAAUGUCCCUUCAGUCCGCACGAAUCGUUUACCGCACGACUCACUGAUGGGGACCUGUAUGCAGGAACGUCAGUGGACUUCAUGGGAAAUAACGCAGCCAUAUUUCGCACCUCUGUGCACAGCAGCAGUCAGCACUACAUCCGUACUGAGGCUUACCAUGAUCACUGGCUCAAUGAGCCAGAGUUUGUGGACUCUUACUCCAUCCCAGACACGCACAGCCUGGACGAUGACAAAGUCUACUUCUUUUUCAAGGAAACGGCUGUGGAGUCCAACCAGCUGGACAAGCGCAUCUAUAGCCGAGUGGCCAGAGUUUGCAAGAAUGACAUUGGUGGAAAGAGGAGUCUGAUUAAUCGUUGGAGCACCUUUCUGAAGGCUAGACUGGUGUGUUCAGUGGUAGGGCCAGGAGGCAUGGACACACACUUCGAUGAGCUGGAGGACAUCUUCCUGUUGGAGACCAAAGACCCACAGAAUCCAGUCAUUUAUGGAGUCUUCUCAACUUCCAGCUCCAUCUUCAGAGGCUCGGCCGUUUGUGUCUACUCCAUGGCGUCCAUUCGAGCCGCCUUCAAUGGGCCCUUUGCUCACAAAGAGGGCCCAGACUACCGCUGGGUGGAGUACAAAGGGAGGAUCCCAUAUCCACGGCCUGGAACUUGUCCUAGUGAGACAUAUGACCCACUCCACAAGUCUACCCGUGACUUUCCUGAUGAUGUGGUGAGCUUCAUGAGAGGGCACCAGCUGAUGUGGGAGCCGGUGGUUCCCAUCCACCGACGGCCAGUGUUCACCCACGUCAAUGUCCCCUACAGGCUGAAGAAGCUGGUGGUGGACAGAGUGGAGGCAGAGGAUGGACAAUAUGAUGUACUGCACUUGGGUACAGAUGAUGGGAAAGUACUAAAGGUGGUGUCUAUCCCCAAGGAGAACUUGGAAACUGAGGAAAUCAUACUGGAAGAGCUGAAUGUGUUUCAGAGCCCCAUACUAAGCAUGGAGCUGUCCACCAAGCGGCAAGUGCUGUUUGUGAGCAGUGAUAAGGAGGUGGCUCAGUUGCCUCUGCAGCGGUGUGAACUCUAUGGGAAGGCAUGUGCAGACUGCUGCCUGGCUAGAGACCCCUACUGCGCUUGGAACGGCACCACUUGUAGCAGCUAUUUCCCCAGUAACAAGAGGCGCGCCCGGAGACAGGAUGUGAGGUAUGGGGAUCCCUGGAGCCAGUGUCAAGACCUGGGAGAUGGCUUCGAGGACAUUGAGCUGAGGAUGAUUUAUGCAGUCGAGAGCAACUCAACUUUCUUGGAGUGCAUGCCACGAUCACCACAGGCAACGACCAAAUGGGUCAUGCAGCAGAGCCACACUCAGACCACUAGGGAGCUACUCCCUGGUGAAGAUAACGUCAUUCACACCCGCCGUGGUCUCCUCCUGCAGCACAUCACCUCUUUGGAUGCUGGUCUCUACCUGUGCACGACACACGAGCGGUUAUUCUCCCGCACACUGGCACGCUACGAGUUGCGAGUCAUCACUGAGCCACACGCACUGGCCUCCAGGCCAGCCACUAACCAUGCGUCAUCACCGCUGAGCUUGAAAGAGCUGAACCUGAUUGGGGUCAGUGGGCUCACAGCAGAUGAGUACUGCGAGCAGCUGUGGUAUCGUGAGAAACGAAAGCAGCAGAAGUUGCGUGCACUGAAGUGGAAGCAAGUGUCAGAAAACCGCAAGGCGAGAGUCCGGCGGCAAAAUCCACCAUAUGAGCUGCUUCAGUGAAGGUGGAGUAAUAGACUUUGGAGGGGAGUCGAAGGACAUUUGGAUUUGCCUUGGUUGAUCAGUGCGUUUCAGGAUUAGCCACUUGUGCUUUGUUAUUUCUUAUAAGGGCCACAUUAAUUGAGUUGUAAAGAAAAGAAUAUUAUCAAUAUUCUGCUCAUUUUUUACAAAAAGCUGAUCAUCAAAUCAAAUCAAAUCAAAUUUAUUUGUAUAGCACUUUUUACAACGGAUGUUGUCACAAAGCAGCUUUACAGAAUUUCGGAAAAGACAAAGUUUCAACAGGACUGUAAGAAUGUACAGAAACCUGAUCUUGGUAGAUUGCCAAAAAUAGGUUAAUAUUCACACCUGAAUAUUGAAAUUUCUAUCCACUAUUCAUGUGAAGUAAUAUAUUAUCUAUAUAAUAGAAAAAAUUACAUGAAAGUUUGCACUGUCCACUGAAGACUCAGCUUGUUGCACGUAAUGCUCAUUUUGCUCCAUUGAUGAUUGUGAAGCAAGCGUAAGAUGAAGAUUAAAAUAGCACACUCAACUACAUUGUGGAACUCGCCCUUGGUAGAUCCGCCCCGAUGGCAGAUAGGAUUAAGUCAGAUGUUGUACCACACCUGUUAUAGCGUUCCAUGGGCCAGUUUAUUUCUGAAUAGUGUCAGUUGGACUUAACGUAGUUCAGGGGAAAGUGGACUAAUUCUAUUGGUAAUUAUAUUUAGAAAAUAUGUGCUUUUAUUAAUUUCCUGAUGAAGAGCAAUCAGUAAAUGUAGUAUGUGUUAUCAAUUAGUGCAAAAAUGUGCAAGCUUUCAAGGGCUUUGGCUUUGAGGUAAAUCUGUGCAAUAUCCUUUUCUACUGGAUAAAAUCUCUGUUGGGAAACUUCGUAUUUCACCAGGCUGGUGGCAUCCAGUAAGAUUUCUCUUUUAUUAUGCCCAUUUUUACCUCUUGAGGGGCAUUAUUUGGCCUAUGAGGUUUGUUUUGGAAGUUAAGUAAAAAACUAAGAUGACCAGGGCAAAGGUAUUCUAGGAUCAGGAUUUAGAACCACUAGUAGAACAGUGGUAUAACUAGAUGGGGGCAAUCUCACAGGAGACGCAGUUACUUGGCUCCCUAAAAUCUUUAUUGCACCCCCCCAUGUAGAUACUGACACAGUUAUACAAAGAAUAUAGUUUCUUAGCAAUUAGCUUUUAUCAACUCUUCAUAGACAGCUGUGAUGUCUGUUCAUCUCCCUGUUAUUCAUAAUGCAUGCCAUCCUUGAUUACCAUUGUCAGACCAGACCUUCAUUUACAUAUAUGUAUUUUUAGUUGUUUAACUGGUGUGCUUAUCCCGAGUGACCUACAAAACAUGCAGACAGUAGAAGCCAAAGCGAUACAAAUCUACAACUUAGGAGACAAGAAUGUAACUUGAACUAAGUCUCCACUUAGAUCAAGCUAUGUUAAGAGGAGAAUGAAUUAAGUGCAUUUAAUUUUUAGUAAAAUAUUAAAACAGUGCAGCUGAGUACAAUCAGGUGUAAACAUGAUGAGUCUUCAGAGCAGGUGUGUCAAACUCAACCACUACUUGGGAAUCUGAUAGAUUUGGAAAAAAGUUGAGGACCAUUUUCUUUUGGUUUAUUUGUUAAGAGUAACUGAACACUACCCAGAAAGGAAGACCAGUGUUGAGAUCUACUACACUAACUUCAGUUCUGGCAAGACAAUAAUUCGCUUAGUUAAUCCUGAAACAAAACGGAUAUCAACCGGGCUGCUCAAAACAAGCCGGCAUGCAAAUAUGAACUGACAUGUUUGUUCUUGCUAGGCAUGUAGAGUUUAUAGUACACGGAUUUGUAUACCAGCCUACAAUGGACUUUUCAUAACACAGUGUUAACAGAGUUUUGUAUAAUCAUCUGAGAGAACAACUUGGACAUUGUUCUGACGACAGCAGAUACCUCUGAAACCAAGCAGAGGAAGCUCAGCAUGCCCCUUACACAACCCAGGAUGUUCCCUUCAUCCUUUUCCUUCCUUUCCAGGCACAGUGUCUUUCUGCUUCCUGAGAACAAGCAACUCUGGAUCAUGUUUGUGAGAAGAAGAAGGAAAAAAUCUUCACUCAAGAGCUAAUUUGGCUAAGAAUGAUCUCGGGGACCAGUUAGCACAGUGUCAUUUUCGUGAUGCUAUCUGAUCCUUAGUUUUCAUUCAUUAGCACCGCUGGCAUUUGUGAGGGGGAUGUAUUCCUUUAAGCCACUCACUCCUUUUCUGACAAUCACUGAUCUUGGUGUGGUUUGCUGGGAAAGGAUGUGCCACUCGGCUGUGAGGAGCAAGCUCGCCCAGAAAGAAUAUCAAAGCGUGGAAGCAUCUGGGAGAAAUGAGCAUGCAGUAAAUUGGAUUUGGAGUCUUUCAGAUUCCUCUCGGUGCCCAUGAAGGCAACUUCCAGAACCCUGAGGAUAACUGGACCACUGCAAAUGGAAAUCUUUAUCUGCUCAUCGUUACUGGCUGAAAUAAAAAGUUUUGCGUAACAUGGUCUGAUAUUUGGAAAACUGUUAUAAAGAAUAUGGGUGGCUUUAGCAAAUCACACUGAAGGUGAAUUCCUCCAUUUUUUUCAGGAAUUUCUUCAUAAUUAAAUGGUUGAGAUGUAAACAAAGUGAUUCAGAGUGGUUUGGUGUGAAAGGCUCUGGUCUAGAGAAACUUGUAAUCAUAAUUGUUCAUAGUGGUGGUGAUAGGAACCAAAUGUCCGCCUCUAAAAGCUCCCUUACAGAACAUUAUUAAAUGAAAUGGUUAUGAAUUUCAUGUACAAAUUAGUUCCCAAAGAAACUACUUUUUCAGAUGUUCCACUAUUUUACCAUCAUUAGCUUUACAUGUAAACUCAGAAGACACUUCUGAAGGUUCACUGAUUAUUUGAAUAGUAAAUACAAUGGCUAUUUUUGUGUUGUGGACAUGGUAACCCCUGGUUCCUAUUACCACCACUGUAAGGAAACUUUCUCUAUGUUGAACCAUUUCAUAUCAAACCACUUUAAAUGACUUUGUUCAUAUCGCAACAAGGAAAUCAUGCAAAAAAAAGAAUAAAAAAUUGGUGGAAUUCCCUUGUCAGGCACAAAGUGCCUAAGCAGAAGACUAUAAUGGAUUAGCCAGGUCAGAUUCCGUAUAACGUAGGGUGACUGAAGUGAAACUGGCAAUAUACUGUAUGAUUAAAUAUUUGUUCAGAACAGUAUUUAAUCACGCCUUUGUUUUACAUUCCAAAGGUUUUACUUUGCGCACAAUAACAGUUAUUAUAAAGGUGUUUGUGGUUUCUACAGUGUAAAGAGUUUCUAUUUAAUAACAUAUUACUCAAGCAGUUCACAUUUGUUGUGUUUUGUCCAUCAUUCUGUGUUAUUUUAUUUAUCAUAACAAUGAAGACGAUGCACGUGUUAUCUCUACGUUAAGAGUCGAACAAACAGGUAGUGUUGAGCAAUAAGAGCGAACGCUUCAUAACAAUAAGCUAAAAAAGACACAGGAUGUUUUGAGCAGCUGUAAAUGCAGCUGGCCAUUUCCAUCUACACAUUUUCACACAUAUUCACAUUUUGUUUGUCCUGCUAACACGUACAUCUGCUGUGUUGCGUUAAUAUUAUUCACAAACUGCUGUGUAGCCAGUUCUGUCAUUCAGCUACAAUAUCUGCCAGUAACCCUAUUGAAAAAGACAGUGCUGUAAUGUGUAGUCUAUUCUUUCACUGUAUUUAAGCAACUUAUUUGUAUUAACUGUAUUAUUAAUGACUUGUAUUUUGCUUUGCCAUGUUCAUGUUGCCUUUGUUCAUUCUGGCAUACUUCAGCUUGAUCAGACAUGUCUUAGAUUGGAAAUUAGACAUUUGCCUCUUUUUGUACAGCGCUUUGAAAAUCUUUGUCUUUCUGUGUAAACCAGUAAUUGUGUGAAAUCAAUUAAACUACUUUUCCUUA